CUACUCUGGAACUUUUGUAUUCAGCAGGAAUGCGGUGGGUUUGAUAGUGGUUUCUGAGGGAGGUGAACCGAUGAUCAAAGAAAUAUUGUAGUUUUCAAUCAGAUGCUGCUCUUUUUUUGUUUAUUGUUUUGUUGUUAUUUCGAGGUGGGAAGGGGGUUUGAAAUUGGUCAAGGCACUCAUUUCCCCGUCUUUUCUUUUCAUUUUGUCAAGAAAUCACAAAACAGGCCCGGUGAUGACAUUGUGUCCAAAAAGCCAAAUUUGCAGACCUUCAGCAUUCUUCAAGGGCUUGAGUUCUGUUCAGCCACCGAUUUCACUGCUGCUGGUCCCCUCUUUCAGGAGGCGCGGCCCGGUGUUGAAUGGCGGUUUUGGGCGACUCUUGCCUGCUGGGUCAAUGAGAACUUGAGAGAGCUAAUCUGAGGGCAUAUUUAGCAAGCACUUACGCCUCUUUCGAGUUUCCCAGAAACUCGGUACUCGGAGUCUAGUCCAGUUACUAUUGUACUAUUGUACUCACAGUGCAUUGUUCGAGCGGGAUAUAAAGGGAGUAGAAAAUAGGUAGCAAAUACCUACUGUUGAUUUUGUGAUCUGGUGCUGGUUCGUUUUCCCUUGUUAGAUACAGUUCACAUCUUCGAAAAAAAAAAGGGUUUAAUAACAGGAAUCAUGAAGAAAUUCAAA